ACCAUCUCACAGUCCGCAAUAUCCUUCAUACCGGAGGUCCGAGCUACUAUCUCGGUAUUGGGGACUAUGGUGUGGAUAAAGACUUGAACGUUCUUCGCAAAACAGAACAAACCUGCAUUUACUAUCACUACCUACAUCUUCCGAACCUACACCACCGAAGAUGCACUAUCCAUCAGUCGUCGUUGUUGUUUUUGCAGCAUGCACGCUGGCUGCUCCGGCUCCAAUUGCAUUCUCUGCAGACAGUCCAGAGGCUUCAUCGCUAGAGGCUCGCGAUGACACCGUUACAUGCUCGCCCAAAUCGAACAAAUCCGACACGAAGAAGUUCAAAGUCGAUGUCUCGUACGCCAAGAGUCAAGCCAGCAAAGCUGCACUGAUUACGGGCAUCUCUGGAGACCCACAUAACUAUGGAGGAGGUGACAAUAUUGAAUGGGGAGUCAGGGAAUGUGAUGUCAAAGAUGCCCCUCUUUGGGAGUACCCGGUAUUCUGGCAGGGGUCCAAGGGUCGUUCCGGACAGCUCGAGUGGGAUAAGGACCUCAAGACUUCGAAGCAGAAGAUGAAGACUCCUUUGAGGGUUGUGUAUGUGAACCAGAAUGGUGGCGCAAAGUACUGCGGCAUCAUGACCCACAGUGAGGUUACCGAUGAGUAUCAGGGCAAAGACUUCUUCCAGCGCUGCGAUUGAGUCUGGUCAAUUUUUUUGGGAUCAGUGAGAUCUGUAUUUGUAAUGUUACGCUCAGUACUAGAUGAAAUUCUCAAUAUCACU